CACACGCUCAAGCUUGGAACUAUUUAAUGUGAAUUUCGUGAGUGAGAACCAAUGUAGAAUAUCGACAGAAAGUGAUUCUACUGACUGAAGCGCUUUAGUAGACACACAGUGUACAGACAAGAAGUCUAUUUAGACUUACACACAGUGUGUUCUAUGUUUAUAACAUAAUCAAACAGAAUGUCCAAGGCAUCUGUGUUUUUCACUGAGUGCAGUGAAGUUAAGAGUGAAGGUUUGGACAGGCUGGAGAUGAUCAGUCUUACCUCAGACAUAAUGUCUGACUCUGUCAGCCUCGAAGAGGUGACAACUGACAAAAAGCCUGUCAAGACAACAACAGGAGGUUCAGGGAACGUGAGCUCAGAUAAUCAAGGGGGCAUGAAGGCUUGUGUGGAGAACCGCCCAACAGAAAAACCUGCAAAAGGGAGGAAGAUGAAAGAAAUCUGUGCUGUCUUUCGGAGAGUAUCUGUAAAGUGCCCUUUCCAUCGCUGUGAUUCAAACAGUGUGGUGUGUCUUACACCGCAGCCGGAACAAGAUGAUUCAGAGCUAAUGCCUGCUCCAAGUCCCCUCAGAAUCACACCAACAUCUGACACAGAUCCUGCUGACCCUGAGCUGGUGCGUCUGCCAGGCCAGGUCUGUGAAGAUGUUGAGUCGUUGUGUGUGCCAGGUCCCUCCAGGACUGAGCAAACACUGGACACAGAUCUGGCAGAUCCGUCCAGUUCUGAUCUGGGUGAUGAAAAACCUAAAAAACAGAGGAAGAAGAAAGCAGACCAUGUGUUCUUCAGGAGAUUCCGUAAGGCUGUAAAACACCUCUUCCUCUGUCGUGACUCGAAGAGAGUCCGGCAUUCUACAUCACAGGUGGAUCUAGAUGAUUCUGAGAUGAAGUUAGCAGAUGGCACCAUUUCUGUUGAGCCUGAGCCAGGGUGUCAGACCAGGUCUGACCAGGUCUGUGCAGCUCUCCAGUCCCCAUCUGUGCAAGGGGCCAACCCAGAUCCAGCCACUCCAGCGUUGUCACAUGUGUCAGAUUCAUCGGAUUUGGAGAUCAAUCUGGAUUGUGGAUCUAGAGUGUCUCUCUUUGUAGUGGGAGAGCUUCUAGGAUGUGGAAGUUUUGGUGUAGUGUAUGAGGGAUCCCACAUAUUUAGUGACAGAAUUAAGGUUGCCAUGAAGUACAUCCACAAGCGUCAAGCUGACCGUUAUCUUGACGUUGCUGGUCAUUCCAAACCUGUGCUUGCAGAAGUGGCGAUGUUGCUUCGGUUGGGACAACCUCCAUUAUGCCCGAACAUCAUCAAAUUGCAUGAAUGGAUUGAGAAUAAGAGCAGCUUCGUGCUCAUAAUGGAAUACCCGGAACCAUGCCAUACCUUGAAUCAACAUAUCAUGUAUUCAGACGACAUGAAUGAAGGAAAAGCAUGCUGGUUAAUCUGUCAAUUAAUCCAAGCUGUGAAACACUGCAUUGAACGUGGUGUCUUCCAUGGUGAUAUCCACACGGGGAACAUCCUGGUGACUGACCCCCGUUUAGAGCUCAAACUAAUUGACUUUGGUUGUGCUCAACCAAUCAGCAGUGAGGGUAAUCUCAGCAGUGAAUAUCGAGGAGCACCACUCUGCACCCCACCUGAGGUCAUAGGGAAUACUACAUUCCACGAUAACCCAGCAUAUGUCUGGGCAGUAGGUGUUGUGCUCUUUGAAAUCUUGCAUGGAUAUUUGCCCUUUGAAAGCCAAGACGAAAUACUGCGUGGCUACGUUCAAGCGAAACCGACUUUAUCCUCAGCAUGCCGUGACCUGAUUUUCCAGUGUUUGAUCCGCAAUCCAGCUAACAGACUGAUUCUACAGCAUCUAGAAGAGCACAGGUGGUUUAAUAACUAGACAGCAGCUCCCGUGCAUCAACCAGACAAGAAAAGAAAAACCUGCAAAAGGGAGGAAGGGGAAAAAAGUCUGUACUCUUUUGGAUAGUGUGGAAGGCUGUAAAGCUGUGACCUGAACAGAGUGGUGCGUCUUACACCGCAGCCGGACCAAGAUGAUUCAGAGCUUAUGCCUGCUCCAAGUCCCUUCAGAAUCACGUCAAUGGCUGACACAGAUCCUGCCGACCCUGUGCUGGUGCGUCUGCCAGGCCAGGUCUGUCAAGAUGUUGAGUCGUUGUGUGUGCCAGGUCCCUUUAAGACUGAGCAAACGACGGACGCAGAUCUGGCCGAUCCUGAGUUGCCACCUGCAAUAGAUCCAGACCAGUUCUUGGGUGACAGUGAGUCAUCAUUAUUUUGAAAAUGUAAAAAAAAUGGAAGAAGAGCAAAUCAGUCCAUGCAAUCUACAUGAUUCUGAUCCAAUGCCCGUUCAAGUUCCAUGUUUCCGAGAUGAAGUUCAGAUGCCGUUCUUGUUGAGUCUGAGCCAGGGUUUCUGAUCAGGUCGACACAGGCCAAUGCAGAUCCAGCCACUCCAGAGUUGUUGCUUGUGUCAGGUUCGUCUGAAUAUACUUUAUAUUUUAAGAGAAAAUACUUAUACUUAAAGGGGUGGUUGGCUGUUUUUAUUUAUUUAUUUUUUUUUCUCUAGGCUUGAUUGUGUUUAUGGGGUGUAGUCUAACAUGUGUUAAUGCUUUGUUUUUAAUUAAUUAAUUUUUUUUAUUUACCUUUAUUCUACACCGCUCUGUCCCUUCUCCUAUAAACACGCUGAUGAUUUCCUGGUUUUAAGAAGCCACUUCCUCAGAAAUAUGCAAUGGGCUCAGAUUGGUUAUCUGGCCCAGUGUGUUGUGAUUCGCUAAACCGCCAGCGCUCGUCUAAAUGUCACGCCCUUCAGCUCAGUGCAUGCGCUCCGGUUACACUGUAAACAAUGAUGUUGUUGAUGUUGCUUAUCAAUUUGAGCCUGACUGAGAUGCAGAGGAUAUUAGUGAAGAACCUGUGCAAGCACAGCUCUUAAUGGUAUGUGUUUUGUUUGUUGUUGUCUUAUACUUUAGAUAUGCUGUUAUUUGUAAAUGCUCCUGCUUUGAAUAUACGGUUUUAUCCUGAUUAAAGCUUUAAUACAGUACUGCAACCACGCGCGCCUCCAUGUUUAACGCUUAUCAUAGCUAUGUGAAAAUAAGUGUAUAAUUGGAACAGUUAAUUGUUGGAUCUGAAUGAGAGAGAGAGAGAGAGAUGCAGAGUGUGUGCAGUGCAGGUGAAGGCGAGGAACAGUAUUAAGAACAGCUGCUUUAGAACAUUGAUUUUGAAACUUGUGAAUCUAUUAGAAUCGUUGGAAGACAGAAUCGUGAUUUUUAUAUAUGAAUAGAUUUUUAUGUUCACCCCUAGUUUUCUCUUCCUCUUCUCUAAAGCAGAGCAACAUGGCCCCGCCCUCUUUGUUCCAUGUUCCCGGGGGCGGGGUUUAUCUGAGUUUGUGAAAAAAAAAAAAAAUCCUCUCCCUUUGACCAUGCACUCUCUCAUUUCUGCGUUGCCGCCUCCUAGCCAGGGUCCUUAAAAAGUCUUAAAAGGUCUUAAAUUUACUUUAUCAAAUUUAAGGUCAUAAAAAGUCUUAAAUUGUCUUAAUUAUGAUUUCAAGAGGUCUUAAAUUUGGGUACAGACCAGAAUCGCAAUACAGCUUAAUGUGACGAUUAAACUUAAAAAGGCUAUAUAUAAAAUAUGAGCGCUGCACGUUUCAAAGUCCGGUGCUGUGCUGCUUUGUGUUCUGGCGUUA